AUGACACGAAGCUACGAAUACGCCCUAAGAAGGGAGGGGAGGUGGGAGGGAGGCGGAGGGGAAGAUAAGGUGGGGCAGUGGUGUCAUCUGAUUCGCCAAGGCUCGGCCAAUCUCCCGGGCUCUCCACCAGGCCUUCCGUUCCCAGGACCAGGACCAGAUGAGGCAUGGGUGGGUGGGGGAAGUGGUGGUGUGGCUGGGGCAGAGCAGGUGGGGCAGCGCAGGUGGGGCAGCGGAGUCAUCUGCUUUGCCAAGACUCGCCUUGUCUCCCUGGAUCUCCAGCAGGCCCUUUCUCCCAAAGACCAGGUGGCGAAGCAGUAUCUGGUGCUGGUGGUGGGGCUGCCUCCUUCGGACUCGUUUGUUGUGGCGAAGCAGUAUCUGGUGCUGGUGCUGGGGCUGCCUCCUUCGGACCCGUUUGUUGUCGAUGCUCCCAUUGCACGAGACCCUGACCAUGAGUUUGACUUCCUCUGUGUCUUUGAUUCUCCCUGCCCCUCCCAGGUGGCGAAGCAGUAUCUGGUGCUGGUGGUGGGGCUGCCUCGUUUGGACUCGUUCACAGUCGAUGCCCCCAUUGCACGCGACCCUGACCACGAGUUUGCACGCAUGGUUGUGGGAGAGGAUAUUGUGGAAAUGAGGGGAGACGGAGUGGCUGACGAGCACAUGGAAAGGAAGGGAGAGGAGACAGGGAAGGAGGGGACGGAAGGAGGCAAGGAGGGAGUGGGAGAGAGUGUGGAAGAGAGCGGGGCGCAGAAAAAGGAAGAGUGUGGGAGCGGGACGCCGAAAAAGGAGAGCAAGAUACAGGAGGCAAGGACAGAGUUCAGUGUUCUCGCAAGAAGUGAAGCUUCCGGCGCACAAGGCCAAUCCCAGUUCUUGUCUCUCUCUCCCCCACGCCUCGCCUCCCUUCCCUCUCCCCUUCCCCCCUGCCGCCUCUUCAUUUACCCAUCAGGGUAUCCCUUUUACAAGCCGUCCCAGUAA